AUGCUCCACGAAAUACUCCUCUCCCUCUCCGGUCACCCCUCCCCUCUCCUCGCCGCCGAUCACUCCUCCCCAACCUCGAUACUCUCCCCUCCGGAAAAAGGCCUCCUCUCGUCCAUUGCCCACCUGAGCAAUUUGCACUGCAAAAUUCUGGCCCAUACUGCUAAUAUAGCCACCUCGCAUACAUCAUGUAUCUGUCAAGCCGUUGCAACAGCCAUCAAAUCCACGCAUCUCGCCAGAUUCCAACGCAAAGUCUUGGAGGUUGAGGAUAACAUACUAAGGAAAGAUGCGGGCAUGGUUGGGGCGUACAAUAUUGUACCAUUGACAGCUAUAGUAGGCGAGUUCUCGGUUUGGACGAGGAGGAUGGAGUGGUUUCUGGAGGUGGCCGAAUUCAUGAUCCGGGGUAGUGGAGGGAGGAGCUGUAGCGGAGCUAUGAUUAUCGAUCGACUCUGCGAAGCCUUGAAAACUGGAUAUAUUGACAUCGAGGAAGCAGCCUUGAGCUUGGUCAGUGUUGCAGAAACCGCUUGGUUAAAGCAAGUUUCGGCUUGGGUUCUGUAUGGACGGCUGCCAAGCUUUGGGAUGGAGGACUUUUUUGUUCAAGUAGUCCACGGGGACGUACAGGAGUACCACAGUCAUCCGGAUCUUUUGCCUGCUUUUGUCUCGGGAUCUACAGCCAGCUCGUUGCUAUUUAUUGGCCGGUCCCUCAACCAUAUUCGGGUCAAAGGGGUAUCCACUACGAACUCUCCAGAGCUUGAGCUACUUUCGUCACAUUUGCAGCAGCUUUCGUCACUGAAAUUUCCUAUCAACAGUGCAAACUUCUCUCAAGUGAUCAAUUCGAUACGAGUCUCGUUAUCACAGACUACUCUCCAAAAGCUAUUGCCACUGAGCAAGGUCAUUGAGAUCCUUACACUGCUUAGGGAAUACUUUCUUCUGGGCAGAGGGGAAUUUGCCAUUGCAUUGAUCACUGAGGCAGAUGAUAAGAUCCGGUCAAGGUGGCGGAGGUCUGACAAUCUGGGUUACGAUAAACGAGAUGGCCUUGGCAAUAUUGUUGUGAAAGAUGGUGAAGUGUCAGCAGCUCUAGCACGUACCUGGGCAGCCCUAGGAUCACUGCAAGGCCAGUAUGAAGAAGAGCAGGACGAGGAUGAGCUGCUUGAACUAGCUAGAGACUUGGUACAGCUUAACAUUACCAAGUCAACGUCCGGAACUCCUUCGAAAGGAUCACAUCCGGUCUCGAUGAUUGCGCCAACGCCAUUCAGGAACCUCCUGUUUUCUGUACCGGUAAUACUGACCCUUGAUAUACCUUCUCCACUAGAUCUAUUUCUUACACCGGCGGAUGUGCAAAGCUGCUCAAGUAUCAAUGCGUACCUGUUGUCCAUACAUCGAGCACAUAUACGCUUGACAGAUUUGUGGAAGAUCACAUCUCUGCGUCGAGAUCAUCCAGCUCCACCAGGACCUCCUUACGGAAGUUCAAUCGCAGGACGCAACAAAGUCCGGACAAUCCGAAGCCGAGGCAAGGAAAGGUCUCAAUCAAUGCGUAGUGUCUGGGCAACUAGCAGUGCAGCAGUCUUUUUUCUCGGAGAAACAGAGGCUUAUCUACAAGGGGAAGUUGUGCAAGGCACCUGGGAAGGGUUCAAGAAAUGGCUGAGCGGCGAGUCACCACGCCCGAACUCUUCCAAGAGCUCAGAAGACGACGAAGAAGAUAUUUGGCUGCAAGCGGGACGAGAACCAACUCCGCAGCUUAAAAAUGGCAAUAAAUACGACCCGCAAACGCUGGCAGAUGCACAUAGAAGAUACUUGUCUGCCCUAGCCACCAGUCUUCUCUUGACCAACCCAUCAUUCACCGACCCUCUAUAUCACCUGCUCCAGCAAAUCGACCAUCUAGUAGCACUUGUCUACAGAGUCCACUCCAUUUGGCAAUCCCUCGAUUUGGAAGCCGAUGAAGGCGUGGUAGAUGCCUUUUCCGACUUCCACAAAGAGGAAAAGGAUAUCAAAGAGCAGCUCGUCACAGUCGCAGCCCGAGUGAAAUCCGCCAUCGAAAAUCUUGUCCAGUGUCUGCGAAAUAUCGAUCAAGAAAAAGAAGGCUGGGAAAAUGGCUUUGCUGAAUUGGUGCUAGGCGAGGAAGAUGCUUAUAUUCCUGCCAAAGUGGGCAGAGUGGAUCGACUCUUAAUGAAGCUGGAUUUUGGGGGGUGGUUUGAUGCAGGGAAGAAGGACAUGGGGAAUCUGGAUGGGCUGGGGACUGACAGCGACUUCGAUGUAUGA